AUGUUCUUACCCCUAGUAUUUUUAGCCUCGUUGCUAUCCACAUUGUGUGCAGCCGGUUCAAGCCAACCGGUUCCAGUUGCAAUUACAUUACCUGCGUUUUCCAAGGAAUGCCUUUACUACGAGUUAACUUCUAAUGAGGAUUCGAUUGUGGCGUCUUUCCAAGUUUUAACAGGUGGGAACUUUGAGAUCGAUUACAAGAUCACUGGCCCAGACAAUGCAGUGAUUGUUGAUGAAAGGCAAAAGAACCACGCAGAUAUGCUGUUGAGGUCCUUUGGACUUGGUGAAUAUUCAUUCUGCUUUACAAAUGCAUAUGGAACUGUACUGAAGAAGGUGGAAGUCAACUUCGAAUUGGCAAAGGAGGAUAUUGAUGAUACUUCUGAAGAAACAGAGGACAUUAUUGCGCUGAACGCCAUUGAAGAAAUUAGCAGAAAUUUAAACAAGAUCACCAAUUUCCAAAACCUCUUGAGGGUAAGAGAAUGGAGAAAUAUGUCUACUGUUGAAUCUACAGAAUCCAGAUUAGUAUGGCUAUCCGUGUUGACGAUGGGCGUUAUGGUCGGUAUCAGUAUUCUUCAAUCUCUCGUUGUGCAAUUUUUCUUCAAAGACAGACAUAGAAACUAUGUUUAA